AUGCCAUCCGUGGCCCCGAAACCCGUGCUGUUGAAUAUGGUCGAGCACGGGGCAACGCCGUCGAUUACCUUGGCGGAAGCGCAACAGUUGGGUUUCGACAUCAUCAUCUUUCCCUUUGCCGCUAUCUUUCCAGCCUACGAGCUUAAAAAAGCCGGCACCACGGGCGUCGCUGCCGAAUACACGCUCAAGAAGCGAUUCACCAUCGUCGGCCUCGAGGAGGCCACCGCGCUGGACACCAGGGCCGGAGAGAACAUGUAUAGUGCCGUUUGA